CAAAUGAACUAAAGCAACGCACAUGCAUUGCAUGACAAGGCAUCAAAGUGCGUUGCGGCAAAAAGUUUGCAAGCUCUUGAUUUUUGGGUCGUAUUGUUGCUUUGGAAGCCUUACUUUAAUGUGCUACCCAGGGGCGGACUGACCAUUUGACCACUCGGGCACUGCCCGAGGGCCCGGGGUCAGUAGGGGGCCCCCAUGAGAUGCCCCUGGUACCUUUCAUUGGCUUUUUUGGGUGUGGUCAAGGACACAGGGGCCCCAUGAUCUCCUAUUGCCCGGGGGCCCCAUGAGUUGUCAGUCCG